UUACCUCUGCGAGGGUUUAAAAUCUGAAAUUUAGUUCGUGGUUGCAUCAGAUCGUGUGGCAAGGAUUUCUCUAGCAAAAGUUCCAAGAUGUCCUUGUUUCCCAAAUGGCGUAUGAUUUGGCCAGCUAUGCAUCGCAUUCGACACGCUCCAGAAAUUUGGCCAAGCCACGAUCGUUUCAUUCCGUCCCUAUGGGAAUCUUUGCAUUCUCCUUCGUACAGAAAACCUGUACUUGGCACAAGUUUUACAUACAUUGAAUUUACUGAAAGUGGAGAGGGUGCAGCGAAGAAAGAAACCAAAGAUGUAGAGGGUGGCGAAAAGGAAUCUGCAAAAUCAGCUGAGAAAUUCGUGGACGAUCGUGAAAGUUUCAAAGUUUCCUUUGAUGUGUCCAAGUUCAAGCCAGAAGAGAUCACUAUUCGCUCAGAAGAUGGAGAGUUGUUGGUCGAAGGAAAGCAGGAGGUGAAGAACGAAGAAGGGUACUCGACACGACAUUUUGUCCGUUCAUAUUUUCUUCCCAGGAACAUUGACCGCGAUUCGUUUCAGUCACGCCUUUCCAAAGAGGGAAUCUUGAGCAUCGAGGCAAAAAAGUUACAGAAGCCUGAGGCCAAGGAUAAUUUCAUCAAGAUCGAGACAGAGCAAUAAAACUGGUAGAGAAAGAAACAUGCUUCCUUUAAUAAGACAAGCAAAAUAUAAGGCAGGAGAUUUACUUUGGAAUGCCCUAAUGGUUAGCUGGCUUAAAAAUAUAGUUAUAAACUGUUCUCGCUUAUCAUUUUUAUCUAGCCAUAGCUUAGAGACGCAAACUUUUUCCGGAUUUGCAAUAACCAAAUGUUUGGAUGGUUUUGAAUAAAAUGGUAAAUAAUUAAGUUAGCUGAAGGUUUGCCGUUGAAAAAGUGCUGACUCGUCUGGAAUGCCUGUGAGGGGUGGGGUCAGAAGUAGUUUUAACUAGCAGCACCCCCUACUUGAAAAAUGGCUCUACUAACUGCCAAAUAAGUGUAACUGUACACGUGAACCCAACGGCUUUGCGCAUAUUCCUGAGAGGUACAGUCUUGAACACCCAAGAGUUGGUAGAAAUAAUAAAAACUCUUGAAUUUCCCCAAAUAUUCUUGUGUUUGGAUAAGGCUACACUGUACGGUAACAUGGCAUAGUCCUCUUUUAUGGGUUGCUAAAAUAGACAAACUGGAAAUAAACUAUCAAUAACUAC